CUAAAGAAGUGAGUGAUGAACGUGUCAGACUGUGCCCGUGACAUUCUGAUCAAUGGUUCUGUCUGGAUUGGUUUAUUUACAAAUACUGCCAAUGCAUGGUUUCGUUUGACAAUAAGACUAUGAUAUUCAUGAUACACGUUCAUUAUGUACAAUAAACGCACGAAAAAAUUGUGAUAUAUAGCUUUGAUAAUCCAUAUAUUAAAUUUCUAAGACAGGACUAGUACAACUUUCUAUUAAGAUAAAUGAUGCCUGAAAAAAAUAUAAUUGAGUGGACACAAAAUGAUGUGACAAAGUGGCUUAGUGAAACUGGACACGAAAAAUUUGUUAAUUUAUUCGUUGAUCAUGAAAUUGAUGGAAAAGUACUCUUGACUCUGAAAGAAGAUGAUUUAAAGUUAAUAGCUAUGGAUAUAAAGAAAAUUGGUGAUAUAAAAAGAUUAUAUAUUAGCAUAAAACAAUUACAAAGGGAUAAUAUGGCAAUAUUAUUUGAAUUAGGAUAUGUUGAUAUAUUUCCUUCAUCAAAUUUAUAUAGUCAUCAUAAACAUGAAAUGCCUAGUAGUGGUAUAAAUAAUGACAAUUCUAUUGAGCAUGAAUUUUAUUCAGCAUCUGUAUCAGAAAAUGGUCAUGCAUCACAUUUACCACCUGAAAUUUGGAAAACUUUCAUUAGUUUGGCAUAUUUAUUUAUUGUGACAUGGAUUACUGCCUUUGUAAUGGUCAUUGUUCAUGAUAGAGUGCCUGAUAUGAAAAAAUAUCCUCCAUUACCUGAUAUAUUUUUAGAUAAUGUUCCACACAUUUCUUGGGCAUUUGAUGUGUGUGAAGUUACGGGAACUAUACUUUUUGCAAUAUGGCUCAUUGUACUAAUUUUUCACAAGUACAGAUUUAUUUUAUUAAGGAGAUUUUUUGCUUUAUCUGGUACAGUCUUCCUGCUAAGAUGUGUUACAAUGCUUAUUACUUCCUUGUCAGUACCAGGUGCACAUUUACAAUGUCAACCACGUAAGGUUCCAGAAGAUUGGACAAGUUCUACAUAUAUAGAGUUAUACAAUAAAAUUGCUAUGGCUUAUGUUAUAUGGCGUGGUGCGGGUAUGUCGAUUCAAGGUGUUAGAACAUGUGGUGACUAUAUGUUUAGUGGACAUACUGUUGCAUUAACUAUGUUAAAUUUUUUCAUUACUGAAUAUACACCAAGACAAUUGUAUUUCUUACAUACUUUUACAUGGAUGCUCAAUAUGUUUGGUAUAUUUUUUAUCUUAGCAGCACAUGAACAUUAUUCCAUUGAUGUUUUUGUAGCUUUCUAUAUUACCUCUCGAUUGUUUCUUUAUUAUCAUACCUUAGCAAACAAUCAAGCGUUGAUGCAACGUGAUUCAAAUAGAACCAGGAUUUGGUUUCCACUAUUUAGUUUUUUCGAAUCAUCUGUCGAUGGUAUCGUUCCAAACGAGUAUGAAUCACCAUCUCUAAUUAUUUAUAAUUUAGCAUGUACGGGAAGAGAUAUAUGGCAUUUGGUACGAUCUUCAAUUUGCUUCCGUAAAUCGUGGCGUAAUGCGAACGGCAGUGUAAAAAAUAGCACAAAGAAGAAACACUAG